AUGGCCCAUGCCAGACGAUGUUAUUCUUGUGCUGGUACUUGUCACAGUGAGCCGUGCAACUGUCAGGUAUGCUUUUGCACUGUACAUAAUACAUAGAUAGUGUUUUUUUCAAUGAAUAUUACCAUUGAAAGUGUGAUAUUUAUUGUAUUUCACGUAUUUACCCUAUUUUUCGAAUUUUACAGCCCACUACCCCCAAAUAAAGCUACUUUAUUUUGAGUAACAGAUAUUGUGCUUGAAGGCUCGAGUAUCACUUUGUUUACUUCAUCUUUUGUGCCAAACUACAUUUAUAUAACACAAGUAGAUAUUCUAUUUAUUGUUUUGACCAACUUUAAUUUUAGAUGGGAUCAUGUGAAGCCGAUUAUUGUUUUACGGAGAAAAAGCCCACCGAAGUGCCAGGCCUGUUUCGUAUCACAAAAGGCUGUGUGAAACGUCCCGCUCGUACACGAAUUGGCUGCGACUACGACAAGACUCUCAACUCCGUCCAAUGCAUCUGUAUAGGCGACUUCUGCAACGAUGCCGUCUACAUGAGACCGAUUCUCAGGAGGAACAUAACCUGCAGGAACUGUCCCGAACGAGACCCCGACUGUGGCCGGGUAUGUCAUGGCCAAUGGUGUCAUGAAGAUGUUAACAGUGGAGCUACCGGUUGUGGGUAUGGGCCGCCAUCGUUACCUUACUUCUACGCUGGACCAGAAGUAUUGAAUCACCGUUCUAAAGUCUGUAUCACACUAAGUCGAGGCAACGGUGUACCACAACGACAUUGCAUCUGCAACACCCACCUUUGCAACGACAUGUUCAAAGAGUCACCUAUAUUAGGGUCAGCAGCUCAAAAGUCGCGUUCUGUCGCCAUACAGUAAGUUUUACAGCAAAAACCGUUACAUUUGAAAGAAAAUGCAUAUAAAGUUGUGUAAAUUAAUACAUCAACGACCCAUGAAAGCUCUUUUCGCUUCAGCUAUCCAGAACAGAAGCCCCAGCUGCACCGUUGUACCAGCUGUGAUGUUACUUCCCAAAACAACGCCAUGACCUCGGCCUGCAAGCAACAUUCGUGCAUCGGUCAAUACUGUACAUAUACAACACAAAGGGUAGUCGUUGGUCUUGGAGGUAUAGGAGCACAGUCAUUGAUUCACGAGAAACAGGGAUGCCUUAACGUUACCGAUCACAAUCAGGUAAUAACAGCACCAGGGCCUGGCGUUGGGGGGACCCCCCCUAAAAAAUGUUCGAAAAAAGUUGAACGUGUUCCCCCUAUGGAUUUUUUCGACCCCGCCCCCAGACCAAAGGUCCCCGCCCGGCACUGAACAGUACCAUAAAAAACCCUAUUUUUAAGUUCCAUUUAAUACUUCUACAGAAAUCAGGGCUUGUAAAACUACAAUAUAACUAUUGUCGUAGGUACAACUGGGAUGUUCCCACAAAUGGAUGAACAAUGAAGAAGAAGAACUCUUCUGUGCCUGCACUGGGGACAACUGCAACCUCGACCUUCAUACCGCUUCACAGAGUGCUAUACAAGAGAUUUGGCCGUCCUCACUUGUCACAGUCAUCGCCUUAAUUGUCUGUCAUCUGCUAAACUAACUGCCAACAAACAGCCAUAGUCUACAUUAACAUAGAAUAACUAUGCUUUUAUUAUAUCAUGCUAUACGUACGGGUAUAUAAAUAAAUAAUGCAUAUUUAAAGUAAUUCUUCAAGACGAAAUUAAAGAUAUUAUAAGCAAAAUAAACUUCAGCUUCUUCAGAUAAACGUUGCAAACAGCUUUAAAUUACCUUUGUUUAAAAAAUUAGUAUCAAUUUUUUAAAAAAUUAUUUUAUACAAAAAAUGCAGAUAUAAUAAAGAAACUGUAUAAAACAUUACCAUGCAUAUUCUGUCCUUCAUCAGAUCGAAAAAAAACGUUUCGAAAAUCUCUAUAAAAAUAAAUUACGCAUAAAACGUGAAUCGGUCCCAACGCGAAAACUCUGAAUAUCACGUUUGUUUCAGUGGAAGUCGGUAAACAGGUGAUAAAUAAAAUAAAAAAUAAAAUAUAAAAAUUUGGAAAAGAAAUUGAAGUAUAGGUCUGUCUGCGGAAAGAUUAUUACAAAAUAUCACAAAGUUAGUUCAAAGUGGUAAGAAUUUACCUUUUUUACAUAUUUCGAAAGUCUAGAACAGAAAAUAUGAUGAAUAAAUGAAAAUAUGUCUGGGUACUAUUAUUUUAAUUAGAUAAAGGAAGAAAAUUGCAGGAUUCUGACAGUGAUUACUCGGACUUCGAUUCCAUUGAGGAAUUGUCGAUUGGAGAGGCGGAUUCAGGUGACGACGAGGAUAUCGAGUUACCUGAAGAAGUGAGCGAGGACGACGAAGAACCAGAUCCGGAUGAUAUAGGUAACGUUCUUUUCUGUUUCUAGUUUUCAAGUUUUAGCUGCUGAGAUGGACGUGGACGAGAGCGAUGAAAGCGGAGCCGAGGAGGGCACCCGCGUUACUUAUCAGAAGGACAUGUGGCAGAUGAGGUUGUUUCCUUAUGCAGAUGAGAUGAAACAAAAUGCAGACGAGUAUUUCGCUUAUGUCAAGACCGGGUUGGGACGAGCUGUUUUACACCGAAACUCACGUCCUGGUUUGAUAUUUUGGACUCAGGAAUUAAACAGGUAUGCCUUUGUUUAUAUUAUUAAAUAAAUGUUUAUUUGUAUAUUUAAAGUCUUAUGUUAAUAUUGAAAAUUUUCUUUUUUAGACUUUUUUUGGCAAUGUUGUGUGCUUUAUAGUUUACGUUGGGUAAUACUUUGUUAUAUUCAACUUGUUUCAGGUUUUUGACGCUAUAUGGAAGACGAUUUUCAAAGCGAGAUCACAUAAACAUGAUCAAACUGUUGUAUUCUGUAGUUAUCUCAGAAAAGCUGGACUUCUCGAUUGUACAAGCGGUUUCUUCUAUUCUUUGUCAACUUCUUUGGUAUGUUUCACUUCUUUUUCUAUAUUUUAAAUUUUAGUCGAAAGAACUUGAUCAGUCGAAACGAAUUGACAUUGGAAUGGAAGCCUCUGUACAAAUUGUAUUAUGAAAUCACGUACAAGAACUUGGAAGAGGUAUGGUUUUGCUUCUUUAGUUUUUUCUGUUGCGGAUUUUAGACCUUUUUGUUUUAUAAUUAUGUAGAUUCUUACAUUUAUAUUUCAGGAAGGAGUUUUUUUGUUGCCUGAAGACGUGAAGAAGUCACUGGAGAAAAUGAUUCAUUAUGCUUGUCCUUUCUUCUCUGAUGAAGCAACCCAAGAAAUCUUGGAUGAAGUACGUUGUGGUUAAACAAAAGUGGUGACUAAAAUACUAAAUCGUUUUGUAUUUUUUAAAAAUUAGGUAAAACCAAGGCAUGAACGCAUUUUUUUAGAUUCGGCCGUAUUUCUGCCCGUUAGACGAUUGUUUUUCAAAAGGCUUGUGUCUUUCAUAUCACUUUUUGCCAACUUGUCUAACACAAGAAGAACAUGCCAAGUUUGGUGCUUGUUUAUGGUUCGAAGAGUUUUGGCAUUGGUAUUCUGAGGCUGAUCCCACAGCUACAACGGAGACUCUUUUUGCUCAAAUCUUUGGUAAACUGGCCAAAGACUCGCCGUUCUUCAUUGAUUACAGUGAUAAGAUGGAGCUGAUCUUCAGUCAGUUGUUACAUUCCUUCAAGUUAGACGUUGGAUCGGACAGAGUCAAUGUGUGGACGAGUUCGAAUGUUUUCAGCCAUAUGGCCAACUUGUUAGCCUACAAUUUGGGCGAUGAAAAGGAUGUGUAAGUUUAAUUAUAAGUUUAAUAUUAUUCUAUUUAAGGCGUUUUAUGAAUUUUAAAGCUACAAUUAGCUAUUGUUUAACUUUUAGGACACAAGCGUAUCUAAACAAGUUGUUCCGAACGGUUGAGAACUACUUUCAUCCUUCGAAUAACGGCCAAUACACUCAGAACUUGCUGAAUUUUGUGGCCAUGUUGGCCAGCGAAAUUGUGAACCGGGUAUCUCGUGAACGAUAUAACUACAAAAAGCACAUAAUUCCAGUAAGCUUCACUGCAUUACAUAUUUUUAAAAUUGAUUUUUUGAUUUGAGAAGAUGUUUUUUGAUAUUGUUUUAGAUUCCUGAGAAGUACAAGUUGACCGACCAGAAAGUGGAUGCUUUUGUCAAGUCGAUUCUACCGUGUUUGGAAUACGCGGCUUUCUCCAAAGUAAAACACGAAUACGUGCCUUCUAUUAUGCGGGUUUUGUCGUUUUUGUCUCCAGGGCUUAUAAUUCCGUCAGUGUUAGAUUUGUAAGUUUGUGUGUUUCUUGUUUAAUAUUAUCGCUUAUUUUAGUAUAUUUGUUGACUUUUUAUUAUUGCAGAGUAUAUCCAGCAAUAGAAACAGUAACGGAGCCUCAUCGUUUGAUGCAAUCGCUAUUCAUUUUGUCAGGGGUUUGUGUGUCAUUAGUCAGGGACGAUCCGUCGAAGCAAACGGGAGAACGGCGGCCCAUCAAGUAUACCGAGGAAAUCGAACCGAAUGCGCAUUUGAACAGUUUCAGAAUACAUGCUAUUAACAUAUUGUGUAACAUUUUGCCGGGUAUCGACUUGAAUGAUACUGUGAAAACAGCUUUAACCGUUCAGGUAGGUUGGUUUAAAUAUAAUCUUAUAUUUUACUAUUUUAUCGUAGACAGAUUUAUUCAAAUGAAAUUACUUUCAGAUUACUGGUGUUUUGUUAUUAUUGAUUCCAGUACACGAUUGCUCAGAGGCCGUCUAUGUGAGGGACGAUUUGACAGAGGAGGAGAAAGAGUUGUGUGCUGCUACUGCAAGAUUCGAUCCAUUCAUAGAUCAGUUGUUGGAAAGGUUGUUCAACAUGUUGGAAGUGUUCGGAAACAAUCCUGGAGUGAACACUCACAAUACUCGACUGAACCUGACAAAGCCGCGACAAAAGAGCGUGGAGGAAGUUGUGUUAGAACGAGGAAUUGGUGGCGUCAUCAGAAGUUUGCUCAAGAAUUGCAGUGUUGCUAUCUACGAGGUAACUUUACAUACCUACUUUUAUAUUAUUUAGAAAUUAGUGGCCCUACUGUUCUGAAAACCUCAUUUUGUUGUUUUAGAAAACCCUUCGCUUCUUCUACAACUACCUUGUCUCGGCUCUGACUGAUUCUCGGCCGGUAAUGGACACCUUGAAAGGGCUGAUUCCUAUUUUCAUUCUACAUUCUCCUGAACGGGCUUUUCCACUAUUUUUUGACUUUACUUUCAACAAACUAAAGACCCUUGUUACCGGUAAGUUAACAUAUUGUGGUUAUAUUGGUGUUUAGAAGAAGCUUUAAACGACGACGAAGUGGAUUCAUCUCUAAUAUGGUACUUGAAUAUGUUUUCGGAGGUUGUUCAUGGAGUUCCUGCUAGAUUUUUGACGCAAAGAAGGGCCCAGAUCGAUGCCAUCAUUGAUUUGGGUGUCAAGUUCAAGUGUAAGGAUGCAAUUAAUGUGAUGGGAAGGAUCAUACAAAACACGAUAUCAUCGUUGACCUCAUUUUCACCUAUAUCAUCUUCCCUGAAACCUGAAAAGGAUGUAGGAUUGGAUCAACGUCUUCCUAUCAGGGUAUGUAAGCUUGCUAGAAUUGUUGCAGUUUUAAAUAUUAAAUAAAAAUUCUAGUUUUAAAGUCCAUGCUUGGUUUUAGGAAUGGGCCAAAACAAUCGAGAAGAAAACGUGGGAAGUGAAGUGGGAGUUGCCAACCGAAGAAGACAUUCAAUAUGCUCAAGACCUGGUUAACAAUAUAGUCUUUUAUCAAUUGGACCGACUCAGAGAACCGGCUGAAGUGGACAAGUUGUCUCAGUAUGUUUGAUAUUGGUUGCUUUAUUAUAAUAUAACGUUAUGCGUAAUGCUUUGUGCAAUACAUUAAAUUAUUAUUUUACAGCAAUGAUCUACAGAAACGACUGAUCUUUGUCCGAUGUGCCAUUCUGGGAGGCUCUAAACUGAUGCCGUUUAUGGAAGGAAAACCUCUGGGUCAGCUAACUGAUGAACCGGCUGGUCUGUUUGUGGAUACCGUGUUUAUCCCACGAGCAAUGAAGUGUCUGACAUCAACAGACGGCAGUAACCUGAGGAAUGUUGUUUACGAAAGGAUAAACAUACUGGCAGACCACGUCUUAAAACGAAGAGAGAACGACACAAAGACCAUGGUGGAGAUCAUUGGAAUCUUAAGGAUUUUGUUACACGUUCGAGGUAUCGACGAGAAGUCCUACCAACCCUUGUUGACUUCAUACAGAGCUACAAAGAACAGUUUGACAGAUCCGUUGAGAGGGCCGUCUGUUAACAUUGAGUCUGUGAUGGAAGAUUCUCUCGUUUUCAUGCAUGUGGUGAGUAUUUUAAUAAGUAAUGUUUUUAUUUUUUAAUGGCGUUAUUUGCUAUGUUUUAAUUUUCAGAAACGGUGCAUUUACAAGCAUCCUCUGAGUUUGAACUCGACACAUAUCGAUGUCUUUAAGUUGUUGAUACGAUUGUCUACCUCAACUUACAGUGCUGUUCGGAUACAAGCACAGCGAGUUUUGGAUUCGUGCUUUAACACAUGGGCGAGGUCUUAUCGCUAUGUCCUGGACGACAUUCUUUAUUACAUUCAGAAUGGAGCACAGCUAACUCACGAACAAUUCAAGGUAAAUAUUUUUCAUUUCAUGUGUAAGAUUUUCAAUUGUUUUAUGAAUUAUUUGGUUGCAGGGUGCUUUGUACAUACUGUAUACUGGUAAAAGUAGGAGUAUUUCGUUGCGACAAGACUGGAAGGCUUUGCUCAAGAUUUGGCCAUGUCUAGUCAGGGCGCAGUUCAGCGAGAAACCAUCAAUUGUAGCUCUAUUGGAUUCUAUACACGACAUGUUUAUCAACAACUUUGCAUCUUUCGAAAUCUAUUUCACGGUAGUUUACAUUUUUAUAUCUAAGGAGGCUCUUUAUAUGUGAAAAUUGUGGACUAAACUGUUAUGUUUUUAGUUCCCUGAUAAUGUCCUCGAUCACGCACGUAGCCUGUUGGCCGACUACGAUGGUUGUAUACAUUCGCCUCAAUAUCCUGGCUUCACUUACAUGACAGAUCCAGAGUCGAAGGAGAUGGAAAGUAACAGAAAUGCUACGAAUGUUAAGAUGUACUACGAACUCUGUUCCCAAUUAGUACAACUCUCAAACGACUCAACUCUGCAUUGGAGACACGCGGAAUUAGCACAGUCCUUGUUGUCAUUGUUGUUGAGGAGAGACAUUGAGUACCCUAAGGAUGCUGUAGUCAUAUUCACAAAGUUGUUGGCAUCAGACACUAUUCGAACAAGGAAGACUGCAGUCAGUCUAAUGAGUUCUUGGUUGAAAAUCAACAAACCUAAAGCUAUCAGAUUCGACCAACAGUUCAACAAGGGAGAGAAUGGGCCAGGAGCGAAAUUCCCGAUCAAAUACGGAAUCAGAGAGGACAAUCAGUGGGCCAUCUUCAAGCCGGAAGACACUCCUAGGACUCAACAACAUUGGGACAACGCGGAUUUCCAUCCAAAACCUUUCUGGGGGUUUUACACUUGGCCUGCUAUGUACAGAGCGUACGCUAGUCCAGCCAAACAAGUCUAUGUAAGUUUGCGAUUACUCAUCUUAACUGUAAUUUAGAUCAACCGAACCCGUGAUUCUUUGAAUGAAACCGAAAAAGAAGUCGUAGCUCUUCUCACCGACCCAACACAUCUUGGACGUGUUCUGAAGUUGAUGUCAGUAGAGGAGAAAAAAGGAUCAGAGGAGUUCAGUGUGUCUUCGUACAGUUUCUUCUACGGUCUGACGAGGCAGUUCAAUACCGAUAUUGUGGAAGCCCUGAAGCCGUUUGUGGACUUGUACUUAGAUAACAAGGCCGAAGCUUCACAACGAUUGGCGGCUGAAAUGGUGUCCGGAAUCCUGAAAGGCUCCAAAUUGUGGACAUACGACAAGCUAGUACCAUUGAGGAAUUGGCUGGGACCAAAGAUUAUUGGAGUUCUGGAAGGAAUGAAGAACGAGAUCGAAGGACUUUGGGCUCAAGCACUGGUCUCCGUCUUCUUCGACUUGGAACCGCGACAAACUUACUGGCUGUACGAAAUGAUGAUGCAGUUGUGGAAGAAGCCCACAGACAACUCAUACCACAUAUCAGCAAGGCUUUAUUUCUUACAUUGUGCUGCCAGUCAAUGGGAAUGGCGAUCGCUUCCAAUGUGGCACGAACUGGUUCAGAUCGUACAACCAUAUCUGGGACAUUCUCUGCAAAACUUGAGAUCGCGGGUAUCAGCGUGAGUCGAUUUUAUUUUGGCAAAUUGUUUUUAAUAUGGUUAAAUAAUUUUAUAUUGUAACAAAAACUGCUUUGAUUUUAGUAUUGUGUCCGAUGCUUGUCAGUACGAAUAUAGAAGAAUGUACGUAGCCCCCAACACUGCUGCAAACAUGAGACCUUUAUGUUUCCGUGACGUCGCCAACUCGAUUAGACCAGAAGUUCAAAAGUUGUUCGAUGUUGCUACUGGAGUGCUAAGCAAGGUGUCGUCGAAUGCUGAACUUAUGGAAACAGAGAGCUCGAUCCCUCCUGAAAAUGGUGACGAUCUGAAGAAGGAACGAAUGUUAACAUUGACUUUCGUCUCUAUGUUGUCCCUGUCGUCAUCACAGUGCACGGAACCUCAUGUUCUUCAGUUCAUCCCUUUGUUGGCUCACUAUUCGAAUGACACCAAGUAAGUAUAAUAUUGUGAUUUUUAUAUUAAUUUCACACAUUCAUCGUUAACUGAAAUCUUUUCAGAGACGAAGAGCUAAAGAACGGAUGUAACCUGAUUCUUCUUCACGUUAUGAGCGUCGUCCCAGUUCAUAAGAAUAAUAUCAAUGCAUUGUUGGAGAAUAUCGGAGAGGUAAUUUUCUAUUUUAUAUUAUUUAAAUUGCGGAUCUGAAAAUCAGGGACGUCGCUACGGAUUUUCUCUGGACCUGUGGACCGAUUUUACAAAACAAUUUUUUUCGUUUUUUCACGUACAGGUACCUACCUACCUGUGGAAUUUUUUUCGGAUUGGCUCUGGGGGAGGGGGUACCCCCCCCCCUCCUACCCCCCUCCCCCAAACGACGUCCCUGCUGAAUAUAUAUUCACUUGUUGAUGUUAUUGCCAACUUGUUAUGCAAAGCAUUUCAGGCACUACGGAAGUGUACAUGGUGGAAGUCGAGAGUGUCGUUGUUAAAGUUCCUUCAAGUCUCGGUCUUUUCCAAUGUGUUCUUCCUUCAACAUGCCAUUGAUGACAUCUGUAGGAUACUGUUCCACUUCUUCACAGAUCCACAAUUGGAAGUUCGAACAUGUGCUGCUGAUACUUUAUCAGGAUUCAUUAAUUGUGGAUUCGUAAGCGUCAACGAGAACUUACUGGUAAGCAACACGUUUUUGUCUUACUUUUAAAACAGGUUUGUUCAAAGAUAAAACGAAACACAUUCUAGGCCGUAAUCAUGGAAAUGGCCAGCAGCAAAGAGCCCCUCCAACGCCAUGCCGGAGUUCUGGGUAUGGCGUCGAUCAUUCAAGCAUUCCCCUACACCGUGCCUAACUUCUUGCCAGACGUCCUGAUGAAACUGUGUCGGUACGCUUCUGAACGUCAGCCAAUCCAAACGACGGUCAAGAAGGCCCUCAGCGAGUUCAAGCGAACCCACCAGGACUGUUGGCACGAACACAAACAAGAAUUCACGGACGACCAACUGACCAUUCUGACCGGUCUCUUGGUGUCCCCGAACUACUACGUUUAA